AGCUCGCCGAACUACCGUAUCCGUACACAACAAAACUCAAUCGGAUCUAUCUUUUCUCAUGAAGAUGUAAAUUAAAGUGAUUUCUUACUUAUUUUGGAAGAAACAAGGAAUUAAUAUAGGCGUCACUAAAGGCAGGGAAUGUUCAGCUUAAUGGCUUGCUGUUUUCAGUGGAUCAAAGAGAGGCGUGAGCCUCGCAAGCAAGUCACGCUAGCUCUUAUCGGGCUUGAUAAUUCUGGCAAGACAACAGCUUUAAAGGGAGUACAAGGAGAAUCUCUCGACCUGGUUGCUCCGACGGUUGGCUUUGCGAGCGGAGAUUUCAAGCUCGGCAAGUACGAUGUGACCAUCUUUGACCUCGGUGGGGGCAAGCGUAUCCGUGGGAUCUGGGCCAACUACUACGCCGAGUCGCACGGUGUGAUCUUCGUCCUGGACGCAAGCGCGGAGGAUCGGCUCCAGGAAUGCAAGGACUGUCUGGAAGAUGUCCUCAAGAAGGAAAAGAUCAGGGGCAAGAGGAUACUCCUGCUUGCUAAUAAACAAGACCAAGAGGGAGCGCUGGAUGAGAUUGAUAUCUGUGACCAGUUAGAUCUAGAAGAGAUUGUCAGGAACAGCAAAUGCCCUUGCAGAGUGGAGACCUGUUCCGCCGUGCAGGGCAUCGGCAAGCGCAUGGACCCCUCCAUCAAGGACGGGAUCCAGUGGCUCCUGGACGGGAUCGGCAACGACUGGGCCAAGAUCACCAAGCGGGUGGAGGAGGACACCGCCGCUCAGAAGGAGGAGGAGGCGCAGAAGAGGGCGGAGAAGAGGGAGCGGGUCACGAAGGAGAAAGAAGCAAGGAAAAAGAGACAGGAGGAAGAGAGGAUAGCUAAAGGUUUACCUGCCGAGGAGGAGGAAGAAGAAGAGGCUGAUGUAAUUGAUGGUGACCCCUUCAAGAAAGUGGACGACGAUUACUUUGCUAAAAAGAAACAGGAGGCUGCUGAAGCAAAAGAGAAGAAAAAGAAAAAGAAAAGAUUGGCAGCGAGCACCGGGGAAAUCGAUAACAAAUCUAUUGAGAACACCGCGAUGACAGAGACAUCAUCGUCACACAGUGUCAAUGACCAUGCAAGAACUAUAGAGGGCGACAUUCAGGGGGAUGUGCGGAGUAACGGGGAUGGGGGCAAUGAAAGGACUUCUGGGAGUGGAACAGGGAGUGGACCGUUGAGUCCCGAUGCAUUGAGUGACGGAAAGCAGAGUGGGACGGACGAGGCCGGGAUCAUGCCGGAGGGGGAAUCGAAGAAGGUGGUUGUAGGAUCGCAGGAGAACCUGAUAGAUGAACCUUCAAAUAAUGGUGAAGAGAAGAAGAAGAAGAAAAAGAAGAAGAUCAAGAAGAACAAGACCGCCCCAAUGUCUCUGGAUGGCAUGGACGACUCGGCACCACAACCGCUUCUAUCAGGCCCUCUUGCCACCCCCACCUGGGCCCAAGCUCCGGGCCAUCGGAACCUCUUCAAGUCUUCUCAGAAGCCCACCCUCGCACCCUUAGCCGAGCAGACCACCCCCAGGCCAUCCCUAGACCCUCUAGUGCCUUCAGGUACAGUUAACCAAAGAAGAAAAGAAGUGCUCCCUGAGCUCCGAUCGAGAUCGAUGAAGCCCAACAUCGAGGACGAUGAUGAUAUCAUGACGUGACACAAACCCGGCAGUUACUUAUAAUAGUAGGAAUUAUUUAAUAGUAGACAAAAGAAAAAGAGAGAGAGAGAGAGAAGGGGUAGAGGGAAAAAGGGAGAGAGAGAGAGAGAGAGGGUGAGAGAAAGAGGGA